AUGUCUGGAAAAGAAGAUAAUCGAAUCUUUGUUGGUGGAUUGGGUUGGGACGUUACCGAACGACAGCUGGAACAUGCCUUUGAUCGUUACGGCAAGAUUCUUGAAUGUCAGAUCAUGAUGGAAAGGGAUACAGGACGUCCUCGUGGAUUUGGGUUUAUUACAUUUUCUGAUCGUCGGGGAAUGGAGGAUGCAAUUAAAGAAAUGAAUGGACGGGAAAUUGGUGAUCGCAUCAUCUCAGUCAACAAGGCACAGCCUAGGGCAGGGGGCGAUGAUGCAGACCAAGGGUACAGAGGUGGCUACACUUCAGGUGGCAGGGGAAGCUAUGGGGCUGGAGAUAGGGUAGGACAGGAUGACUGUUUCAAAUGUGGGCGUCCAGGACACUGGGCCCGAGAUUGUCCUUUGGCAGGAGGAGACGGUGGUCGUGGUCGGGGUAGUGGUUCAUUUUCUUCACGCCCUAGGUUUGGAGGUGCUGGUGGACACGGGGAUCGCCUUGGUGAACGUGAGCGGUACAUCGAUGAUCGUUAUGACGGAGGAGGACGUUAUGGGGAUAGGGACCGUUUAGACAACCGAGACUACAAAUAUGGUGGCCGUGAUCGCUAUGCUAGUGACAGGUAUGCAACAAGUGGAGGAGAUCGAUUUGCUGAUCGAUAUGGCAGUGGCUCAGACUACCCUCAAAAUGGUUAUGGGAAAGAAAGAGGCUAUGACCGCUAUGGUGGUGCUCGCGGAGGUGCUGAUAGAAAUGGAAAUGGAAUACCAGCUCGUGAUGAAGGAAGAAGUUAUAGGGGUAGGCCUGCUCCUUAUGACCGCCCCAGCAGGACUGCUCGUCCAUCAUCAUUUGACCGUUACUGA